AUGGACCUGGGGUACUUUGCUCUCGCCUUUCCGCCAGGGCUGUGCCGCGGUGCCCCGCAGGCCCCGUUCCUCCAGCGAGGGGACGACGCCUUCCUGGCGCUGGGCACCACGGCCAGCGCCGCGUCUCCCCCGCAGGCGCUGGGGUACGCGGCCGCUGCCCCCGCGGCGCCGAGCCCCGGCUACCGGCCGUCCCGGGGAGCCGGACCGCUGGGCUUCGCUACGUCCAUCCUUCCCGAGAGCGGCCGCUCGCCGCCGCCGGACCCCGAGCGCCCCUGUCCCUGCCUCGGCGCGGGCGGCGGGGGUCUGCGGCACCUCUCGCCCUGCCCCGGGGCCGCCCCCGCGCCUGGCUGCCCGGCUCCCGCGGCGGCCCCGGCGGCGCCCCGCACCUUCGAGUGGAUGCGAGCGAAGCGGAGCCCGCCCGGGAGAAGCGGUGCGGCGCCGUACGGGGGGGAACUUCCCGCCUGCUCCGCACGCACCAGCUUCAGCACCCGGCAGCUCACGGAGCUGGAGAAGGAGUUUCACUUCAGCCGGUACCUGUCGCGGGCCCGCCGCCUCGAGGUGGCCCGCUCGCUGCGCCUCCGCGACGCCCAGGUGAAGGUGCCCUUCUGCUUAAGGCAUUCUUCUGAAGAUUUUCUGCUGAGGCUUUCUUCUGAAGACAUCUGCUGAGGGACUGGGAAGCCACUGCUGAUGGAAGCUUCAGCAGAGGUUGGUGGGAACCCUGGGAAACUACUCCCAAAAGCUGGGCAGGCAAGUUAUGAUGAUGUUGUGGGAACAAGUCCACGGCUAAACGGCGGCAGGAGCCUACUUGGCAAAAAUAUGGACGUUCCCCACGGUGAACAUCUGAAGGAGGGGACUUCCCAAGACAGAAGGGCUGUCACACAUCAUAUCCUGACUGUACUGGCAAAGGACAAUACUGCUAGAGGCUCGUGGUUGUGCAUGCACACAGGCACAUUUUUGUUCUGUACAUAGAGGUAUGGUUCAUGUCCCUUGGGCUGGUUCACUUCAUGGCAUAGACCUAAAAAUUCCCAGGACUGAAGUACUCAUGGGAAACUAGCUGCAACCAAAAUGUGUGGUUUGCAGUUCUUCAUUAAAGUAAUGACACAAAACAAGUGUUUAUACUGCAGGCUGAUUGUUCAUUAAAAAACAGGAAAUAAAUAUUUUAGCCACCUUUUUUUUUUUUUUUUGAAGGUGCUACUUAAAGCAGAAUAAAGCAAAAUCUGGUAAAAUUAAUGAAA